CGUCUCGUUUUCUUCUCGUUAUGACCGCGUCUCGUUAUCUUCUCGUUAUGACCGCGUCUCGUUAUCUUCUCGUUAUGACCGCGUCUCGUUAUCUUCUCGUUAUGACCGCGUCUCGUUAUCUUCUCGUUAUGACCGCGUCUCGUUAUCUUCUCGUUAUGACCGCGUCUCGUUAUCUUCUCGUUAUGACCGCGUCUCGUUAUCUUCUCGUUAUGACCGCGUCUCGUUAUCUUCUCGUUAUGACCGCGUCUCGUUAUCUUCUCGUUAUGACCGCGUCUCGUUAUCUUCUCGUUAUGACCGCGUCUCGUUAUCUUCUCGUUAUGACCGCGUCUCGUUAUCUUCUCGUUAUGACCGCGUCUCGUUAUCUUCUCGUUAUGACCGCGUCUCGUUAUCUUCUCGUUAUGACCGCGUCUCGUUAUCUUCUCGUUAUGACCGCGUCUCGUUAUCUUCUCGUUAUGACCGCGUCUCGUUAUCUUCUCGUUAUGACCGCGUCUCGUUAUCUUCUCGUUAUGACCGCGUCUCGUUAUCUUCUCGUUAUGACCGCGUCUCGUUAUCUUCUCGUUAUGACCGCGUCUCGUUAUCUUCUCGUUAUGACCGCGUCUCGUUAUCUUCUCGUUAUGACCGCGUCUCGUUAUCUUCUCGUUAUGACCGCGUCUCGUUAUCUUCUCGUUAUGACCGCGUCUCGUUAUCUUCUCGUUAUGACCGCGUCUCGUUAUCUUCUCGUUAUGACCGCGUCUCGUUAUCUUCUCGUUAUGACCGCGUCUCGUUAUCUUCUCGUUAUGACCGCGUCUCGUUAUCUUCUCGUUAUGACCGCGUCUCGUUAUCUUCUCGUUAUGACCGCGUCUCGUUAUCUUCUCGUUAUGACCGCGUCUCGUUAUCUUCUCGUUAUGACCGCGUCUCGUUAUCUUCUCGUUAUGACCGCGUCUCGUUAUCUUCUCGUUAUGACCGCGUCUCGUUAUCUUCUCGUUAUGACCGCGUCUCGUUAUCUUCUCGUUAUGACCGCGUCUCGUUAUCUUCUCGUUAUGACCGCGUCUCGUUAUCUUCUCGUUAUGACCGCGUCUCGUUAUCUUCUCGUUAUGACCGCAAGACACAUCACAACGACACAAAGUUGUAA